AUACAUGUAUCUUCAAUAUAUUUUAGUUUUAUAGUAUAUAUGUAUCAUGUCGGAAUCAAAUGAAACUAAUGUAGCACAAUGUAUGCCAGAAGUUCUUGAAAUCAAUAAUAGCAAUUCAGUUUCUCCAACAGUCAGUCAAUCAAGUCAAUAUCAGUCAGUCAAUCAAGUCAAUCAAUCAAGUCGCAAUCGCAGUAUAAGUUGUCUUAUGCACUUAUCUAACCGUGAUCUUUAUGUACCAAGUGUUCGAUCAACUUCUAUUCAAAAUGAAUGUUUUGUUAAUGGAGUUAAUUCGUCAUCUUUAACUGAUGGAGAGCUUUCAUGGCAAUCAUUUGAGAAGUUAAAAAGUGAAUUAGAUCGUGCUCAACAAGAUCUUCGUUCGCGUGAUGUUCAAUGUGAAGCAUUAUCUAAGGUUCGAGAUGAAGUUGAUCUUGAAAUAGAGGAACUAACUGCAAGUUUGUUUGAGGAAGCUCACAAAAUGGUGUUUGAAGCUAAUAGUGCCAAGGCUGUUGCUGAGAAGAAAUUAUAUGAAACUCAGCUUAAGCUUGAUGGAUUGCAAGCUGAGGUUACAGCCCUUAAGUUACUUGUGAUUACAUCAACACCAGCCAACCCUGGAAAAGAAAAGAAAACUAAGAAAGAAAAGUCAAGUUAUCAGCAAUCACAACAACCUGAAGAAGUUUGUUUGGAGUGUGAAACUUACCAUUGGAUAAAUGACACUCAUAAAUUGCAAGAAGCAAAGACAGAUAUUAUUGAUUUUCUCAUAAAUAAAGAAGUUGAUUGUUUAAUUUUUCAGAAUUUUUUAGCUUGGCUUGAAAGUAAUUGUCCUCUAAAAGACCAUUUGUUCCUUCAUUUAAUUCAUAAAGAUGAUAUAAGCCCAUGUUUGCGUUUUCCUAAUGAGGAGCUAGCAAGUUCAAUUUAUACUGCAAUUCAAAACAAUAUGCUUACAGUGGAGGCUAUUAAACCUAAGCAAAAAAAGUGUGCAUUAACUUUUACAUAUGUAUUGUGCUCUUUCAGGAUCAAAACUAGUGAUACUUGUUCUAAUUGGUUUUUUAUUUCAAACUCAUCACGUGCUAGAGUGGUUGCAGUUGUGGACUUUUUUAUGUUUUUGCGUUAUAUUAGACAAGGUAUUAUUAAAAAAGAUAUUAAUGUUUUAUAUUGGGAGAUGAUUAAAAGGCGAGCCCAAAUGUCACUUACUCGUUUAGGUUUGCAUAAUAAUUUUGAAAAUGCCCCGAAAUUUUUGAGUUCAAGCUAUUCCACAACAUGUUCAUCUGGUACAAGUAGCUAAAAGUAAUUUUUUACUGUUAUAUUGUUUUGAUGUUUUUUUAUCAAAAGUCGUUUUUUGGCUCUUUUAGUCAGCCGAAGCACAACAAAGUGUUUUGUACCAACAAAAAUUCUACUUGAAAUUUUUUUUGACUUUUAAAAACAUGAAGUUAUGUUAAAUUUUAAAUGCUAUAUAUUUUCAGUCUAUGAAAUUUUCUACAAAUUUGUUUAUUUCUAAAAGCUUAAAAAGAUUUUCAAUCUUUUACAUAAAUUAUUUUAAUAAUCAAUAAGUAGUUUUUCUUUCAUUGUAUUUUUGUUGAAUAUUUUAAUUAUUAUAUCACUAUUAUCUAUUUGUUAUAUUACUUAUUAUAUUGUAAAAAAAAAAUUAAAUAUUAUUUUACUCUUUAAAUGAGUUUUAUUCCGUUGUAAAAAAAAUGUUUUAGUAUUUUAAUAUAUAAUCAUUGACGUAAAAAAGGUGAACCAUUUCCAUG